GGGCCUCCAGGGCGCGUGCUGUAUGGUGCGCGGCCUGGGGGGCCCUCAGCAACCCUCGGGUCCCUCAAAUGGGGCCCAUGUGCAGGCGCAGCAUGCAACACAGGACCUCCUCGUGGUUGUAUCCGACAUGAUCAGUUAAUAGUACCUUGCCCAUGUGCCCGAGUGGUACACACACACUCGGAUGGAAUAGGGGCCAUGCUAUUCUUCUUAUCUGUAUCGUUCCCAUUUUAAUGAUUGUGAUAUCCCAACGGAUGAGGAUGCAUUUCUCGCGAGAGCGGAGCACCCGUAAAGAUUCUUUGGCUGCUACAUGACGCAUUGCCGGAUGGCAGACACCUGUGACUGUUUUGAACCACCAGUGGACAGGCCAUCCAUUUGGAAGAUUCCUUCCAGCUAAACCACCAGUUCAUGUGAGCCUAAGUUGAUGAAGCUACCUUCCAAGGCUCACGAGCCCGAGACUGCACGUUUCCAAACUGACCUGCCGCGUUCACUACCAGCCCAAGCCUGAAUUGAAGAGCCCUUUUCUGCCUCGAGUGAACUGGUGGUUUAAGACGGGGCCGUGGAAAGGCUUGGUGUCUGCUAUGGAAAAAGUCGGGCGGUGCCAGGCAAAUCGCGUGUGACAAUGGGUCGGAUUGCUCAUGGCCGGGCGAAAGUCCAUGUUGGAAAUAUGAGGCUUGGGUCCACUGGCAGUUUGAUAAACUGAUAAAGCAUUCAAACCCUGCUGGAUACAGUAAAUGUUAGGGGCUACCAGCUUUUACAAAAAUAUUUGGCUCUCCCCUUUUUGGUCCAUUCCUUGCUCGGAAGACUACCGAACUGACCCACCCAAUGUGGCUGAGUGGUAUACACAUGUAAUUGAUAGUAAACAGAUCAUGAGCAAUUCCACGCAGGAUCAGAGUGAUACACUGAUGUAAGGGCCUUCCCCCUUUUAAAAGCCGAACAAAACAAAAACGAUUGUCGAAGUGUUCCGCUCCACCAACCUGAUGGAGGGUGCACUGGCUGGUGUGCACACACCUGCAGCACUGGUCUCCCCGGUAGACCCGAACGAACCAGGACCCAAUGAAGUUCUUCCUGCAACCACUCAAGAUCCCUCUGUUCCUGGCGCUGCCGCCACUGACCCUUCAACUGUUCCAAGUGCUGGCAUCGACGCAGGUGCCCCUGGUAACCCAGGUGCUGAUGCAAGUGGGACAUCCUUGUCAGCGCCAUGUGAACCUGGGGAGCAGGGAAAGGAGAAGAAAGGACCAGGACGGGCCAGGAUGAGCAGUAAGAAGACCAGUCUGAUUGUUUUGUAGUGUUCGGAGACUGCUAUGUGUUUUGUGGCUCCUCAUGCGGGUUUACUCUAUCCUAUCUCUGAUCUUGAAAUAUUUCAAGAUAAUAUAAUACUUCAAGAUAGGAUCUUAUUUUGAGAAAUAUUGCUACGCAUUGGAAGAUCCUUGGAAGAGAUUGUUUAAGAGACACGGAGCUCAACAAAGGAGGGUGAUAGGCAGUGAAGAAGACGGACAGGAGGCGAGAAACAAAACAAAGGUAGCGACGGGAUAAAGGAGAGUGUAAGUCCGAUAGCUCAACAGGAGGUGGAGGGGGAGGAACGAAGCAAGGGUAGCGAAGGAGAGCGUGAGUCCGGAGUGGAGAAGCGGCAGCAAUGGCAGCCGGUACAGUAUCGGAUGGCAUUCUGGCCAAGCCUCACAACUCGCUGGAGUUCUCAGUGCCUCUUUUCAUCAUGCAACUAUUUGUCGUGGUCGUGGUGACACGUUUGUUAGCUCUUUCUCUAAGCCCGCUGGGACAGCCACGCGUCAUCGCUGAGAUCGCAGGUGGUAUCUUGCUUGGACCUACGGCGCUCGGUCGCAUCGAUGGAUUCACGCGGAACCUUUUUCACAAGGAUGCUUUAAAAUAUCUGGAUCUGAAUGCAAAUGUGGGCCUUAUUUUCUUCGUGUUCAUGGUGGGACUGGAGAUCGACCUGGAAUCUCUCAAAACAUCAGGCCGUCCAGUGAUUGCAAUAUCCAUGGCAGGCCUCAUUUUUCCAUUUGUGUCUGGAGUCUUAGUAUCAUUCUUCUUGUACAACAACGACGAAGUCAUGUCAAGAACCAUUGACCCCGAUGAGAAGAUUAGGUUUGUCCCAUUUCUGGUAUUUAUGGGGGUGGCCAUGUCAAUCACACCCCUUGCUGUCCUCGCUCGUAUUUUGACCGAUUGUGAGCUGCUCACAACGGAGGUUGGCGUGAUAACCAUGAUAGCUGCAGCCGUGGAUGCUGUAUUGGCAUGGAUUCUUCUCGCUCUUGUCAUCGCCCUUGCGAAUGCUCAUGGAAAUCCCCUGAUUUCUCUGUACUAUUUGCUCCUCAGUGGGGCGUUUGGUGCUGCGAUGUUCUUCGUCGUCAGACCACUGAUAAAGAAGGUUGUCGACAAGGUCAAUACAGUUGACCCCACUGAUUUUCCAGAAUACCUUGUGGCCUUCUGUCUGAUUGCUUGCCUAGUUUCAGCCUUCAUUGCAGACUUGGUUGGCAUCCAUAUCAUCUUCGGAGCGCUCGUUUUUGGUCUUAUUCUGCCCAAGGAUGGCAACUUGGCAAAAUCACUGACAUCCAGGAUUAAAGAUUUUGUGUCUACGCUGCUGCUUCCGCUCUAUUUCGUGAGUACUGGACUCAAGACACAAUUGUCAUACAUUAGUAGCGCAAAGCUGUUUGGUAUUCUCAUUCUUCUCAUUUUAGUGGCAAUGGUUGGUAAGAUUGGUGGUGUGUACAUUGCGGCCAGGGCAACAAAGCUGUCGAACAGGAAGGCUCUUAUCAUUGGUGUACUGAUGAACGUCAAAGGGCUUGUGCUGCUCAUCGUGCUUAACAUUGGACUUGAAAGGAAUGUGAUUGGAGAGACACUUUUCACUAUCAUGGUUGUCAUGGCGCUUUUCACAACAUUCAUAACGUCCCCUUUAGUCACGUACCUGGUAAAGUCUGGUGAUGCACAAGAGAUUGCUACAUUUGGUGACUGUCCUGCAGAUGAUACGUCGGAUUUGAGAUUGCUCGUGUGUGCUCACGGUCUUCACAACAUUCCCUCAUUCGUGCAUUUGUCAGAUCUGUCCAAGGGGUGCAAGAAAGCGCAGUUGCAUGUGUAUCUUCUUCUUCUUCGUUUGGCAGAGCAUCCAGAGAGAUCGUCAUCAGAGGCAAGCAAAGAAGGGAAGCCUGUUGGGAAGAGGAAGGAAAUGGAAGGAAUCGAUUACGUUGGAUCCUUGUUUCAGACGUACGGUAGAUUAGCAAAGGUUAUUGUGAAGACGGAGACUGUUAUCUCGAGCACGAGCAAGAUGCAUGAGGAUAUUUGUUCCUCUGCUUUGGAUAAGAAAGCAAGCAUGAUCAUUCUGCCCUUCCAUAUUAGUAGGUGCCGUGGUACCAGUGCAGAGUCUGCAGGUGCCGAUCUGGCGAGGGGAUUCCGUCAUGUCAAUCUCCAGGUACUGAGACAUGCACGCUGUUCAGUCGGCGUGCUGAUUCACCGUGGGCUUGGUGAAUCCGCCGAUAUGCGCUCAAGUGAGACAACUUACAACGUUCUCCUCUUGCUCUUUGGAGGCCAAGAUGACCAGAGGGCUCUUGUGUAUGCAAGUCGGAUGCUGGAGCUCCCCAAUGUAAACCUGCGCACUGUCCGUUUCAGCUCUAUGCAGCAUUCACAAUGGCACUCUGGUUCCCACUGGCCUUGGGGCAGAGGUGAUGGUCCCCAUCCUCGCAAGGCAUUGGAGAAAGAGAAGGAGAUUGCUGUGGAGGAAAGGAGGAGAAGUGUUGCUGAAGAGAUGGCAGUGCAUGACAACAGCGUAUUUGAAGUGCUGAAAAAUGAGAUAUCUUCUCUGGCUGGUAGAAAAAGCGCUCAACUGACUGUCGAAGAGGUGCAAACAGAUGAUGUUGUUCAGGCGGCGAUUGCUGCUGCCAGUUUGGAAGAUCUCGAUCUCAUUGUCGUAGGCCGGGGGGUGAGACCGGCACCUAUUGUGGCCAGUCCUUCACGGGAGGACCAUUUGAACCCGGACGAUGCUGAGGAACUUGGUGUAAUUGGUGGUGCACUGGUGGCGGCUGACACAGUGGUGAAGGCCUCAAUUCUGGUCAUCCAGCAGCACGACCCCGAAUUAGAUAUAGUGGGAGUGUCUACGGAUCAUUCCUUGGCAUCGGGAGAGCUGCCAUCCGCCGCAGCUCAAUGUGAAGAAGGUGAGGGAGACAAGCAGAGAAGGCAAGGGUGAAGACUGGAGGGACGUUGACAGCCAAGAGCGUCAUAGGCAGGACUUUGCCAGCCUCCCGUGUGUCCUUCCAGCCCUUCAGUGCAAGUACACAAAUGAACUCCAGCUCACUUGAAGGAGUUCAGUUAUGGGUCUUGCCGCUUCAUGUGAGCAAAAUCGGGCCUUGCCACACUACUGAGGUGAGCCCUGGAGAGAGCUGGUGCGAAGAAAAUUCUACCUCGAGUGAGCCCCGGAGCCAGCUUGUGCAAGAAAGUGCUUCUCCAUGUGAGACUCAGAGGGAACUGUCACAAGGCAGUGCGCCUUGCCCGGCUACUCAGGAAACACACACACAAAAAAAAACUUUGCAUCUGCCGAAGGAAAAGUGGCAGAAUACAUCUGUUACUAGUGGCAGAUGCAUAUUUCCUCCUCCUGUGGCAAUAUGCACUCGUUUUUUUCGUAUCAUCAUACUAUCAUGCGUAGUAGUAUGGUGAGGCCCAUUGUCAGAGGCGGAGAAAACCGGUACAAGAAUGUGUGAAAAGGCAGAAGAGGAGCUUCAAAGAUCGGAAAAAGAGAACAUGGCAUGAGCUGUUUUAGCGUCUGUCCCUUAGCUUACCCUAUAUCUUCCCCUUAGCUUAUGUCUAUCCCUUAGCCUAUGUCUUCACCUUAGCUUAUGUCCAUCCCUUAGCCUAUGUCUUCCCCUUAGCUUAUGUCUGUCCCUUAGCCUAUGUCCGUCCCCUUAGUUUAUGUCUUCCCCGUAGCCUAUGUCUGUCCCUUAGCUUAGCCUAUAUCUUCGCCUUAGCUGUUUUAGUGUCUGUCCCUUAGCUUAGCCUAUAUCUUUCCCUUAGCUUAUGUCUGUCCCUUAGCUUAUGUCUAUCCCUUAGCCUAUGUCUUCCCCUUAGCUUAUGUCUGUCCCUUAGCCUAUGUCCGUCCCCUUUAGUUUAUGUCUUCCCCGUAGCCUAUGUCUGUCCCUUAGCUUAGCCUAUAUCUUCCCAUUAGCUUAUGUCUGUCCCUAGGCUUAUGUCUAUCGCCUAUGUCUUCCCCUUAGCUUCUGCCUGUCCCUUAGCCUAUGUCCAUCCCCCUUAGUUUAUGUCUUCCCUCUAGCCUAUGUCUGUCCCCUAGCCUACUCCCACCCUCGCCUCUUGAUGUAACUGAACUGUCGUGGUUUGGUCUAUGAAAAUGCAGAUUCGCUACCUAACGGCUCAAUCUGCCAAACUACAUUAGAUAGGUUGAAGAGGUCUGUGUUUGGUGGCAGCAAGGACGUAUCAGGAAUGGACCUGAUAGGGAUCCCCUCAUCUUUUAGGAAGAUCAGAAGUAGAGGUAUGUAUGAUGUCUGUGCUCCUCAUGUGCUAUUUGUAUGAGACGCUGGUCCCACUCACCUGCUAGCACGUGUUGCCGCCCACCAAUAAACUUGAUCCGUCACGAAAAGGCAGGCCUUCAAUUUUAUUAAUGCUGAUGGCAUCAGUAAGUCUGGAGGAGGCCGUGCUAAGAUUUUUUGUGAAAAGGAAAUCAACUUUACGGGAAAAAAGGGCAGUAUAAAAUUGGAAUGAUACAGAGAAUAUUGGCAAAAUUGGAAUGAUACAGAGAAUAUUGGCAUCGCCCCUGCGGAAGGAUGUGACACAUAAAUUGAGAAAUAGUCCAAAGUUUUGGUAGGAAGGGGAAAAAAAGGGCAGACUUUUGUUGCAGCCACCUAGUUACAAAAGAGUGUUGAGUGGGGAGGCUGAGACUCCUGAUCGUAGAAAUGACAAAGAGCGGUCUGAAUCAGUGGCUGAACAAGUUCCUGGUGGGAUCUUCCGGAUGGGGCACGCAUGACGAUGCCUGGUUCAACAGUCCGAAGUCUUGUGUAUACGCUUUCCAGGCCGCGUACAUUGGAAUGACGACAAGAACGCAGGACAAAAGGUGGGAUGAACACCGAAGAAUGACGUUGAUUAAAGAUGAGGGCAGGCAGCACAAGGUCUAUAGAUGGCUGCGAAAGAAGGGAUGGCAGGAGUACGUGGCCAUGCCCUUAAUCGUCGGCGACAAGAAUGAACCGAGUAGCUUGGAAAAGUUUUACAUCAGGAGCACCUGUCCUAUUCUGAACUCUAAAGGGAAGAAGCAGAGAAUUAGAAAGAAUAGACCAGGGCGAAGGGAAAGACGGUCGAACAGUAGGAGAGGUGCAGGUGGCCAGGAUAUCGCCCCUGCCGAGAUAUGCUGCGGAACGGAGAAGAUUUUUCUGAUUACGAAGGUGUUGCGUUCAAUUGGUCGGUCUAAAAGAAGGACUGAGUUAUCUGUCUCACAAGGAACACGGUGGUGUGAGAAAUGGUCAGUCGUGAAACGCUUUUUUGGUAUAUGAUGGAGAUUGUAUGUGAUGGUAGGAUGACUCUCCUGACAUAUGCCAAAUACAGACGCUGUGUGAGAGGGAGUUCACGGUGGUAAGGGUGGUUGAAAACACAAAUGAUAGGGAUAGACAUUUUCUAAUCACUUUGCUUCGGAUACCUCCGCACCGAAAGAGGUUGUAUGAGUGCAGUUUCACAAUGGAUCGGCUGAUCGGACUAUAUUACGGAAUUAGGGGUAUCAAAUAGAAAAGGUCUCGAGUGUCGAGUGGAGGCUGAGACUAUGCUAUGGAGGCUGAGACCACUCGAAAUGUGUUUGUCUUAAAAGGACAGUGAGGUGCAAAGCCUGCAUCUGGACUGGGCGUAAAGGCGGGUACAUGUUUAGUGCCCUAUCUGCGUCACCUCCCCCCCCCAAAAAGUAGAAAGGGUGUAGCAUGCUCCGGCCUGCUCAUGUCUCCUCUCCAGGGUCCGACGGUUGCAGUAGGCCUCCAGGCCACGCGGCCACUUUUGGCUGGGCGUCCUGGAGGCUGACGGCCUGUUUUUGAGGCCAGGCACGUGUGUUCCUUUUUCUUGAUUCAGCAUUUGUUUAUUAAUUUGUUUCUGUAUCUAUUUAUUUUGUUUGCCGAGUCUUUUGUCUGGUCUCUUUUUGUCUGUUCCAGUGUGUCGUUUCGUUUUUCCCUCAGUCCGAACAGACCAGUGCCUUCUCGGACCACUGGUCCACGUUUGAGGCCGAGAGAGGCCAGGUUCAGCUUAGGGACCCUGCUGCAUCAGCAGGAUGGCCUGGACGUCCGGUAGGGACCCAGGCCGCCCAGUACUUCGUCCUGUCUGCAUGACCACGACUUGGGCCUCAGUUCAGGACCGCCGAUUGGAUGGUAAAUUGGACUGCCCUGACUGCAAGCCACAAGUGAUCAAGCCACGCCCAGCGCUAUAUCUAGCUGGGCCAGUCCAGUAGUGGGCACUCAGUUCGUGAGCAGUCCUGGGCGUCAUGCUGCUGGAGCAGCGCCAGACUGCAUAGUACAUCUGCGUUAGCAUUACAGGUAGAGGUGUAGGAGGUAGAGAGGGGAGUUGAGGGCAGGUGGGCCAUAGUUACAAGAUGAAGAGUGACUUACCUCGGCUCCAGAGCUGGGGUAUUCCUCCAGCGACCUGCAUCAGCGAGACACACCUGCUCCAAGCACCAGUGCUUCAUCAGGUGAGGGAGAGACAGAGGAGGUACUUCUUCUUCUCCUCUCCCUGAAUCCCUGAUCCAGCUACGACCUCCAUAGACUCUUCUUCUUCUUCUUCUUCUUCUUCUUCUUCUUCUUCUUCUUCUUCUUCUUCUUCUUCUUUGUGUGUGUGUGUGUGUGUGUGUGUUGUGUGUUCGUGAUGAUGUGUGUGUGUGUGU